AGCCUGGGUGAACGGCAGCUCUUGAUUCUGAAGGGUGUUGGCAGGAACGCCAGUAAUGACACUUUUAAAAGUGUCAGGCUCGUCCCCCGUGACCCGAGGUCUUAGAGCUCCAUAGUUCCCAAAGAGCACUGAUUAGUGCUUUUCCUUCCUCCUGCCCUGCCACCUUUCUGUUAUUAAUAGACAUUAUUUAGGGUAGGUUUAGGUAUACAGAAGAGCUGGUGAAAAGGUCAGUUCCUCCAUACCCCCGUCCCUACCCCCUCCUCCAUUUCUCAUGUUAUUGGUUAGAUCAGCGAGUUAACUUGUUACAGUGGGUGAACUGAUGUUGACACAUUAGUAACUGAAGUUCACAGUUUACCUUCUCCCGCCCCUUUUGUUCUGCCUCCUCUUACUCAGCCUCUUCCCUCAACAUGUAACUUUUACACAGUGCCUGUGGGGUAUGCUUUUAGGUGCUUUUGUUUCCAUUUACAUACACCUGUGUUGUUGGGCUUGUUUUGUUUUCUAACAUAAAUAAAUGGGAUCCUCCCAUACAAACCGCCUCCUAACUUGCUUCCUAAUUCUGGCCUGCAGAGCUCUGACUUCCCUGUCGCUCUGGGGAGCUUUUCAGAAAGGCUACUCCACAGUAGAUGCAGCUAGAUGCCUGCUGAUGGCUUUGCGCUGUCCCCCCUUAUGAGCAAGCCUACGCUGCUUUCUUCUGGAUCACCUGUGUCUUAUUUGGAAAGCUCUUCCCACUCCAAGUAUUAGAAGAAAGUGAGAUCAUUUUUAUAAACUUUAAUACAUCUGGAAUUCAUGGACAUAAUUGGUCUGACUUUGCUUUUUGUGGCUUUGUAGAAAAAUAAGUCCACUUAGAAAUGAAAAAUAAUGCUGACUCCACUUCCUAGUGAGUGAUCUUGUCCCUGGCACACAGGUCUGCGUGUGGCACCACUCCUCCUUCAGGUCAUUCCAGCCACUACCAUUUGCUCAGUCAGAUGUGAAAGUCCUUGGGUGACCGGUCAGAUGCCGGGUUCACAUCUGGCACCAUUGCCCACCAGUUGUGUGACCUUGGUCCUGCGCAGCCCCUCUCAGCCACAGCUGCCUCAUCAGCAUCGUGGCUGUGGUGGCCCCUCUUGUAGAUCCAGGCCAUUAAUUAAGAAGAAGUUGAGCCAAGGCAUCACCCUCGUUGUUGACAGAUACGCAUUUUCUGGUGUCGCCUUCACCAGUGCCAAGGAGAAUUUUUCCCUGGACUGGUGCAAGCAGCCGGACGUGGGCCUCCCGAAGCCGGACCUCGUGGUGUUCCUUCAGUUACGGCUGGCAGAGGCCGCCACCCGGGGAGAGUUUGGCCGUGAACGCUAUGAGAAUGGGAACUUCCAGGAGCGGGCGCUGCGUCGCUUCCAUCAGCUGAUGGCGGAUAAGACUCUGAACUGGAAGAUGGUCGACGCCUCCAAAAGCAUCGAAGAUGUCCACAAGGAGAUCCACGCCCUCUCCGUGGACACCAUCCGGGCCGUCACGCAGAGGCCGUUGGGGGAGCUGUGGAAGUAGACGCGCAGCGCCCCUCGUCGGUGGCCCCUCGGGGCGGAGCUGCCGGGGAGGUGGGCGACCCGACGCCGUGCGCAUGCGUGGACCAGCGCCGGCAGCCGCAGGCCAGCCCGUCGUGAGGUGGCGGGGCGCAGAGACCCCGUGCGCGCAGUCUUCCUCCGCCCGCUUUUACCCCGAGAUCCCAGUAAAUUACUGUUUUCUCUUCCGGAGGGACCGCAUCUGCGCGGUUUCAUUGAAACGGCAGUCAGCUGAAACUCUCCUGAAUCUUUUCUAGGAACUAAUAAAAAUGAUUUGGGGAACGUC